AUGUACCUUCAAUCUGGGAUAUUACCGGAGAACAAAGCUGAGGCAAGGAAAGUUCAGUACAAGGUCGAGCACUACCAGAUGGUUGAUGGAAUCCUAUACCGAAAAUCAUACCUCGGGCCAUUGUUGAGAUGUGUCGAUUCAGAAGACGCGAAUUACUUGAUCAGAGAAGUGCAUGAGGGAAUCUGUGGCACACAUGCUGGACCGAGAAUGGUGGUAGCAAAGGUGAUGAAUGUCGGGUAUUAUUGGCCCGGAAUGCACCUAGACGCAGUAAAGGCUUUGAGAAAAUGCAGUGGAUGUCAGAGACACGCUUCCAAGACGAUGCGCCCCAAGAAUGAAUUAGUGCCCGUCACAACGGCGUGGCCUUUCCAACAAUGGGGAAUAGAUAUGGGCGGCCCUUUUCCUGAAGCCCCAGGUGCAAUGAAAUUUAUAAUAGUCGCAGUCGACUAG